AUGGGAACUCCCCAGGGAGCACAGACACAAGGAGUCCCGGCGGCGCAAGAGGACGGGGAGAGCAGGCCUCGGAGACAGCGGACCCGGCUCCGCUACGACAGUCUGCGCGGAGCCCGCUUGCCUCCUGCCUCUCGAGACGCUUCCCGUCCCCUCCAUCCCCCGCCCCAGCCUUUCGUACGACUCGUCGCGGAAAAUGGUCGCGCUCCCUCGUCGCUUCAUCUAACCUCAGAGGGAGCCACGUCAGAACCAGCGUCCCCGAAAGGCGCCAUGUUGCCCAUUGGCUGUCUUGCCAUCCCCCAAGCCCCCUCACCUCCCUCCUGCGCGUGCGCAGCACUUGGGCUCCCAGGGCAACGGGGAACGGAAGUGUUCUGCUCACCCCGAGGGUGGUGCGAAUUGGCGCUGGCUGUUUUACGCCCUCAGACCUCGGGAAUUAAUAUUGUCAAAAGUGAUAAAAUGCAAGUAAACAAAAAAGGAAAGGUGAAAUCAACCCUCAAAGGACCGAUAGCCAUGUCCCAGGAAACAUUGACCUUCAGGGAUGUGUUUGUAGACUUCAUGCAGGAGGAGUGGCAGCAGCUGGACACUGCUCAGAAGAACUUCCGCAGGGAUGUCAUGUUGGAGAACUAUAGUCACCUGGUCUCUCUUGGAUACCUUGUGGCCCAGCUACAUGGGAUCUUCAGGUUGGGACAAGGAGAAGAAGAGGCCAGGAUGGCAGCUGGAGAAAGCGUGAUGUGGAGCUGUCCAGAAUUCUGGAAAGUUAAUAACCAGAUAGAUAACCACAAGGAAAGCCAAGACAAACCUCUAUGGCAAGCUGCAUCCAUAAAUAAGGAAACACUGAAGGAUAAAAGUGGCCAAGAAUUCAGAACAUAUGGAGAAAUCAUUUAUCCAAGCACAGGCUUUGUUUCUAUAGGACAAAGACUCACUAAAUAUUAUUCAUGGGGAAAGUGUUCAAAACAUAAUUUGAAUUUUCAGAGUAGAAGCUGUGUAAGGAAGAAAGGUGAUGAAUGUAAGGCAUAUUGGAAAUUAUGCUUCUAUUCUAAUCUUGAUAAAGCUCAAUCUGGAGAGAAAUUCUUUGAGCCUAAUGAACAUGGAAAAGCCCUCCACCAUAAGCAAGCUCUUAAUAAAAGUCCAAGAAUUCAAAAUGGGGAGAAACUCUAUCAAUGUUCUGAAUGUGGAAAAGUGUUUAUCCAGAAAGCAAACCUUGUUGUACAUCAGAGAAUUCACACUGGAGAGAAACCUUAUGAAUGCUGUGACUGUGCAAAAACUUUCAGCCAGAAGUCAACCCUAAUUGCACACCAGAGAACUCAUACAGGGGAAAAGCCGUAUGAAUGCAGUGAAUGUGGGAAAACAUUUAUCCAGAAGUCAACGCUGACUAAACAUCAGCGAACUCAUACAGGAGAGAAACCGUUUGUAUGUGGUGAAUGUGAAAAAGCUUUUAAGAGUUCAUAUCACCUUAUUAGACAUGAAAAAACACUCAUUAGACAAGCAUUUUAUGAAGCUAUCAAAUGUGAUAAGUCCAGCCUUAUAUAUCAAAGGACUCAUAUCGGUGAAAAACCUGAAUGCAAUAAACAUGGGAAAGCCUUUGAUGAGACACCUACACCCAUUAAACAUCAGCUAACUCAUACGAAAGAGACACUUUAUAAGUGUAGUAAAUGUGGAAAAGGCUUCAGGGGAAAGUCACAUCUUUCUGUUCAUCAGAGAGUUCAUACACGAGAAAAAUCCUAUGAAUGCAGCAUAUGUGGGAAGACUUUCAGUAGAAAAUCACAUCUCUCUGUCCAUCAUAGAACUCACAUAGGAGAGAAACCUUAUGAAUGCAGAAGGUGUGGGAAAGCAUUUGGUGAGAAGUCAACCCUUAUUGUACAUCAGAGAACUCAUACAGGAGAAAAACCCUAUAAAUGCAAUGAAUGUGGGAAAGCUUUCAGUGAAAAGUCACCACUGAUUAAACAUCAGAGAAUUCAUACAGGAGAGAGACCCUAUGAGUGCAGUGAAUGUAGGAAAGCAUUCAGUAGGAAGUCAACUCUCAUUAAACAUCAGAGAAUUCAUACAGGAGAAAAACCUUAUGAAUGCAGUGAAUGUGAGAAAGCUUUCAGUGUGAAAUCAACUCUCAUUGUACAUCACAGAAUGCAUACAGGAGAGAAACCUUAUGAAUGCAGAGAAUGUGAUAAAGCCUUCAGUGGGAAGUCAACCAUUAAACAUCAGAAAAGUCACACAGGAGAUAAAACCUAUUAA